CAUUCCUGUGGGAUUUGUAACACGCCUUUACGCCAUCCCGCAGCAAGGAAAACCUGCUUUGGCAAGCACGCAGAGACCUGUGCCCGAUUCCAUCAUACAAUGUUCCGAAUAGGCAGAGCAAGAUCCUGUGAUGCAUGUAAAAACUCUAAUGAGCGGCAUCUGAAAAGACACAAAGACCUGCUUUCUUUGAUCACAGAGAUCCAACAGCUGAAUGCCAACGACUACAUCUACCUGAAACCAACACCUAGCGAUAUUCAUAUGGCCAUCCACGGAUAUGUUGAAGAUUCCAUUCACGAGAACCUCGAGUCCAUGGACAGAGCGAUGGUGAAGGACCUGCAACUGGAGCACCGCAUUCAUCAACACGGCAAAGGAGUAACCACCCACUCCCCCAAGAUAUGCACAAUCUUGGGACAGUUAGGAAUCCGAAGAGAGCAGCUUUGUAGUUCCAAGGACGGAUGCAUUUUACUUGCUCGAGUAGAGAAAUGUGUUAGCGAGGACAUCGAGGCGGCUGCCAACCAAGCCAGGGAAACAUUGAGGCGGCAAUUAGGGUACUAUAAAUACGCUGACCAAAGAAAAUACCAUUCGAUGCUCCAAGAAUUG